AUGUCGAAUCUGCUGCAAGUAGCGAAAAAAGCGUACAAGAAACCUGAUUAUCACCCCCAACAUUACAUGCGAACCCUUGAAGGUAGGUUGCGGAAGCCAAUACCAGGACACAAUGGCCACUUGCAGAUUCAUAUCAACCAGAGUAUAUUCAACCCGGAACACUGUACCGGGCUAAACUGGACGGUUCGCUGGAAAAUGGACGGAAACUGCAUAUAUUCGACUCGAGCGACCCAUGCAUGUACCAAACGGGACUUCUUGUUGGAGGCCUGGUCGAACUGGUCUAAUAUCCCAUCAAGGGGAUCGGAGUCCGGGUGCUGGGCAAAUUUAAGAAGGGAUAUCUUGGCGGAAUUCGUUGGGGAGAUUCGCAGUACGGAUUAUGAUGGACACGCCAAUUACCCCUGUGGCAUCUUCACAAAAGUAGGCAUGAUCGUCCAACGGCACUGUAGCCCCCAGAAAUACAGCAAUUGGACGCGGUAUAUUAAUCGUUCAUGCUGUUUCUCUAUUGUUUUCGAUAGUCGGGCCAUUGGGAACAGUAAGGUGAUGACGGUGGAGGCGAUCCGUGACAUUUCUAUCUUCGAGGAAUUCACGGUCGAUUAUGGAAGACAGUACUGGGAAGACAAUGACCUGGAAUGUAAAUGUGGCGAGACAAAUUGA